AUGUUGUGGAGGGUCCUCAAUCGUCAGGAUGUGCCAAAAGCCCUCAAAAUGGUCCUCGUUGUUCGGGGGGAUUUGCGAUUGUCCAAAGGAAAAACAUCCAGUCAGUGUGCUCAUGCAGCAGUCAUGUGCUUCGAGGAGAGUCUCUCCACACGGCGCCCCUUUGUGGAUGCUUGGAAAUUGCAGGGACAACCAAAAGUUGUUCUCAAAGUUGAAAAUGAUGAGGAAAUGAAGAAACUCUAUCAAAUGGCAAAAAAGCAGAAAAUUGUUGCUUGUCUCGUGCACGAUGCCGGCCGCACUGAAAUCCCAUCGGGUACGAUGACUGUGCUGGGACUUGGACCAGAUUGUAGUGAAAAAUUGAGGGAAAUUGUAGGAAAAUUAAAAAUUCUAUAGAUUUUUUUUGGAGGAUUUGCAAUUAAUGUAAAUAAAUUAAAAUUAUGUAGUUUUCAAAAUGAAAUAUUAAAAACAUUUUACGCAAUUU